AAUGAAUUCGACCGACUCAAAUUACCCAAAUAAGGAGGCCCAUUCAUGCCCAAGCCCAUUUUUGUCACCUAGACAACUAAAUUAUAACCCCUAAACACACUUUCUAUAAGACGUCAUUCGAGAGGGCGAAGAAAUGGGUUCAGGAACUGCAGGCGCAAGGUAUGGAAUAGCUGACUUUGGUAACCCUAAUAUGGUGAUGGCUCUUGCUGGAAACAAAGCUGAUUUAUUAGAUGCAAGGAAGGUGUCUGCAGAGGAGGCAGAGAUAUAUGCUCAAGAGAACAGCCUUUUCUUCAUGGAAACCUCUGCGAAAACCGCAACAAAUGUCAAAGACAUAUUCUACGAAAUUGCGAAAAGGCUACCACGUGUACAGCCAGCAGAAAACCCGACAGGAAUGGUUCUCCCAAACGGGCCAGGGGCUACGGCAGUGAGUUCAUCGUGUUGUGCUUAGUUUCGUACCUUAAGAGAGAUCUCUUUUGGUUGGUCGCGUAGUAGAGAACAUCGAGACUUCAUGUGUUUGCAUCUUCUUCAUCUUUGUUACUUUGCUUGCAUUGACAUCAACAACAGUGUAUAUCAUGAUAAUACUUCUGCCUUUGUGGAAUAUGAUGAUAUUUGUAUUUGGAGAGGUUUGUUUAACAACAGAGAUGGAAAUCGUGAAAGGCAAUUGGGAUCUACUUAUUGGUUGCUGAAGCAAAAAAUAUGCUUUGAUAAC